UCAUGUUCGGAGAGCAGUGACUACACAGCUGAGCCCAAAUAUCACCGAUGAUUGAGUCUUUGUGAGUUUAAAAUGUAGAGAAAAAAAAAAAGGUUCUGGAUGGGGUGGUCGGUGUGCAGGGAGCAGAUGGUGAUCAGGCAAGGCUGAGACGCAUUAUCAAGCUGCUGUCGGAGCAAUCAGCAGGGACGAAACCACAAGAGUGCCAGCAGGAAACACACCUGAUGCUGAAUUAUUGAUCACACAGACAUGUUUUAUACAUCCUCCAGGUGGGCGAGACCCUCCCCCUGCAGCUCAGGAUCACUCACAACUUUUUUCUUUCUUCUCCGUUCGCCGCUGAGGAAAAACGAGGCUGUUGGAUGAAUCCGCCUCUUUACGUGGUCUCGACAGGAAGCGACACGCCGAAUCCACUUCUGAAGAACACUCUCGCAGAUGGCAGAGGUGUGAACGGACAGCCAGCAUGAAACAGAUGGGUGUGAAAUGUGGAAAUGGAGAGAGAAAGGACACGCAGGGUUGUGCAACAAAGCUUUUUGACGCUUAUAUAAAUGUAAAAACUGUAAGGAAGGWGGGAGAAAUGGGGCGGGAGGGAUGGAUGGAUGGACUUCAGAGCUGGGGUUCCAAAGAGUGGCCGUGGUUUCGUCACAAUCCCACAAAUAUAAAYAAGAAAACUGAAGAAAAAAAAAGCAGAGAAGACAGCAAUCCUGUUGCUCCAAAUGAAAAUGGAUCCCUGCAGUUUGACAGAGUUGACUGUCCGAUUAUCUGCUUCACUUCUUCCUCCGUCUCUCCGUCCACGAGUAGAGCUCCGCUGACAUCUUUUUAUCCCCUUCGUCUUUCUUUCCCCCCACCCCCCUCUCUCUCUCCGCUCUGGUUUUAUCUCAUCUCACAGUCGACGGGGGUGUGGGUGUUUGGGGGGAAAAAAAACGCUCCGAUGUCUCCCAUCCCUGCCUCGUCUUUGUUUGUUGAAUCCUUCUUUUAUUGUGAUUUUUAUUUUAAUCCAAUUCCUCUCUUCUGUCUGCAGUCGCUGCUGAGGAGGAGAAUGAGGAGGAGAAUGAGGAGGAGGAGGAGGAGGAGGAGGAGAGGUAAGGAGAGCUGGUUGCCUGAGUCGCAGAGAGAAAAGAAGCUCUCCUCGCUGCCUCCCUCUCUCUGGCUUCAUCAAUGCACACCUCCCUCCCCGCUUCAGUCAUCAGCAGCAAAUCACAGCCUCCCAGCUGCCUCCACUCUGCUCGUACAGGCACAGUUAUACGUACAGAAGCUUUUAUUUAAAUACACUUGCGGGGGAAAUCAGUAUGCAGCCAUGGUGAAGAGUGGUGAGAGAGACUGGGGCGGUGAGGGAAGCAGGAAACAYGCAGAUGUGAGUGGUGUCCUCGUGGCAUCUGGGACACGGCGAGAAAGAAAAUGGAAAAACAUCAGCGAGCCAAAGGCAUCAGCGCUCACCUUUAYGCCCCAGAACAACCCGAGUACAGGGAGAAGUUCGUGUCUCGGCAGUGGAGCGCCACAGACCAGACCCCGGGGAUCCUCAGACACUGACCCAGGUUACGUGUUGGAAGCCUCACCACAGGAUUUAUAUAUUUAACAAGACCCCAAAACUCAGACCAGAAAAUUAGCUUUCAUUUCACAUAUACUGUACAUCRAUUUUAUUUUAUUUUUUAUCUACUUUAUCUUUCUGUUUGAUCAGCCGGAACACAUUCCGGUAACUCAAUGCCUCUUAAAAGAUGAAACUUUCCUGAAGAUGCCAACAGAACUGGAACAUUCAGAGCCACCAUCAACAUGGAGGUUAACUUUUGCAACAAGAAGAUCCCUUUUAACUGUUUCUUCAGGGUCACACAAAUGUUCCCUAUUACAAUGCCUGCCAAGCUUUGUAAUAAUUAUAUUAGUUUAAAAUGGUCUCCAACGAUAUUAUUGUUUAUCGCAAUAAUUUCUGAGACAAUUCAUCAUCCAGCAGAAUUUGUUAUCAUGACAGUCCUGGUUGUGGUUUGUCUGUGCACACACUCAGAACUUUAUGAAUGGAUUUUUGUGAAAUUAUGGGGAAAUGUAGAGAUUAUAACAAAGAACUGAUUCAUGAUGGGUGAAGAUCUGGAUCACCUGUGGGGGUGACCCUAAGGUCUUGUAGGUGUGCGUUCUCCGAAUGCUUCCAGUUGCUUUAUGUUAUGUCCCACAUUUACCCUCCUCCUUUAUCCGGGCUUGGGACCACCAAAGUGAUUCAAAAGAGACACUCUGGUAAUGUAUUUAUUAACUUUGUAAAGAGUUGUUAUUUUGAAAUUUGUACAAGAGAAUGUGUUGAAAUACAGACACACAGAAGAAACAUGGAUUUAAAGUGUAACUUUAGUUUUCUCAAUCUUCUUUUGACACAUGAUGCAAUUUAGUUUUUCUUUUUCUAGAUUACGUUGCAAAUUGAUAGAAAAUUGCUAAAUCUAUUGAAGUACUGUACAAAGUACGWGUUAUUCAAUGAUAGAGCUUUGUAUAUGUCGUAUAAUGCAAUAAUUGUUCCACACUUAUUUAUUGUAUUGGUCUGGGGGRAAGCAUGUAAAACAAUUAUAAACCCUA